AUGCCUCCUAAGCAACAGGCCACUCUUGGCAACUUCUUCGCAAAACCCAAUGGCUCAACUCCCGCCUCCCAACAACCAAAGCUCUCGUUUGCGACAAAGCCAAAGCCCGAACCCAAGAAGCCAAAGAAUCAAGAUGAGGAGAAGGUAGAGGAUGAACCUUCGGACAGCAAGGUCGCUGCAAAGAAAGAGGACACAGAAGAUGCAACUGAACACCCAGAGGACGUCACCGCCACAUCGAAAUCAAUCAAGACGCCCAAGAAGAGAACAGUAAAGGAAGAGGAUGAGGAAGAAGCUGGUGCAUCAGAAGAAGAGCCUCCGACCAAGAGACAGCGCAAGAAGCCCGCCAAUUCUUCAAGUCCAAGAAAGCCAAAGCAGGAUCCCAUUCCAGAUCAUGAAGAGCCUGUCAAGAAACAAAAGGCUGCACCCAAGAAGCCCGCAGCUACGCCACCAACACCCGCCAAGGUCGACGAAGAAGAUAUCACAAUGAAGGAUGGCUCCGAGAGUGACCCUCAAUCAGAGGCAGAGGAUGUCGAGUCGGACGAGGAAGAACAGCCAGAGAAGGCUGCAAAGGCUCGCGAAAAGGUUCAGAGCACAUUCAAGUCAAACACAAAAGACCCAUAUCCCGAUUGGAAGGCCGGCGACCCCGUACCUUACGCUGCUCUCUGCACUACAUUCUCCAAGAUCGAGAUGACGACGAAACGUCUGGAAAUCAUGGCACACUGCUCCUUGUUCCUCAGACAAGUCCUUCGCCUCACCCCUCAGGACCUCCAACCUACUGUUCUACUGAUGCUCGGCAAGCUUGCUGCAGACUAUGCUGGUAUCGAGUUGGGUAUUGGCGAGAGUCUUAUCAUGAAGGCUAUUGGUGAGUCUACAGGCCGAUCACUCAAAAUCGUCAAAGAGGAUCAGCAGAAGAUCGGUGACCUGGGUCUUGUUGCAGCAAAGAGCAAGGGCGGUCAGCCCACCAUGUUCAAGCCAAAGCCUUUGACUGUACGUGGCGUCCACGAAUCAUUAAUGGCUAUCGCAAAGAUUGAAGGAUCUGGUGGUCAAGGCCGCAAGGUUUCUGGUAUCCACAAGCUGCUUUCUGCUGCUGAUACAAAUCUAUCAAAGGGCAAGGGAGUCGAUAUCGAAGAGAACAAGGGCGGUCCGAGCGAAGCGAAGUUCAUUGUUCGCACUCUCGAGGGCAAGAUGCGCCUGGGUCUGGCAGACAAGACUGUCCUUGUUUCGCUGGCUCAGGCCAUGACUUACCACGAUGUCAUGACCAAGACCAACAAGGCACCUACCACCGAGCAGCUGGAGAAGGGUGAACGUGUUUUAAAGAACGUGUACAACGAACUGCCCAGCUACGAAGUCAUUGUUCCCGCCUAUCUCGAGAACGGAGUCUUCGACUUGCACGAUGCAUGCAAGCUUCAACCUGGUGUUCCCCUCAAGCCUAUGUUGGCAAAGCCGACCAAGUCAAUCACCGAAGUGCUCGAUCGCUUCGAGGGCAAGGACUUCACCUGCGAGUACAAGUACGAUGGAGAGAGAGCACAGAUCCACUUUGUCGCCCACGAUUCUGACCUGACUUACGCCACUGCUGCCCCCACCGCUGGCAAUUCUUCCAAGGGUGUCUCGAACAUUUUCUCGAGAAACAGUGAAGACCUGUCGAAGAAGUACCCAGAUAUUCUCGCCAAGCUGCCCACCUGGGUCAAAGAGGGCACCAAGAGCUUCGUUCUGGAUUGUGAGACCGUCGCCUGGGACGUGGAUGAGAAGAAGGUUCUGCCUUUCCAACAACUCAUGACCAGAAAACGCAAGGAUGUCAAGACCGAGGAUAUCAAGGUCAAAGUCUGUGUCUUUGCUUUCGAUCUUCUGUUCCUGAACGGCGAGGCUCUUGUCAAUCAAUCCUUCCGUGACCGCAGAGCCAAGCUCUACGAAGCAUUCAAGGAGGUCGAAGGCGAGUUUGCCUUCGCUCAGUUUGGCAACACCAACGAGCUCGAUGCCAUUCAAGUCCUGCUCGAAGACUCCAUCAAGGCCUCUUGCGAAGGUCUGAUGGUGAAGAUGUUGGACGGCCCCGAGUCCUACUACGAACCUUCGCGUCGCUCACAGAAUUGGCUGAAGGUCAAGAAGGAUUACCUCGCUGGCGCAGGUGACUCUCUGGACCUAGUCGUGCUCGGUGCCUACUACGGCAGAGGCAAGAGAACAAACGUCUAUGGCGCUUUCCUCCUCGCGUGCUACAACAACUCAUCACAAAAGUACGAGACCGUAUGCAACAUCGGUACCGGUUUCUCAGAAGCUCUCCUCGAAUCACUGCACGAGACCCUCUCACCAUUGGUGAUUGACCGACCCAAGCCCUUCUACAGCCAUUCCACAGGCAACAAGGACCAACCCGACGUCUGGUUCGAGCCUCGUCUCGUGUGGGAAGUCAAGACUGCUGACUUGACAUUGUCGCCUCGCUACAAGGCUGCUGCCGAUGCGCUGGGUGAUCCCAGUGGCAAGGGUGUCAGUCUGCGCUUCCCGAGAUAUAUCCGUGACCGUGAUGAUAAGAAGCCUGAUGAUGCUACUACUGCCAGACAGGUUGCUGAGAUGUACAGGAAGCAGGAGUCUGUGGGCAAAAACAAGGGUCCUUCGGUUGAUGAUGACUUUGAGUAUUAG